CAGGAGGGCAUGCGUGACAGCAGCGACGACGAGCUAGGGCGCCCUCCUCCCCGCCCCUCCUCCUCCUCCUCCUCCUUCCGGCCGCCCCGCCCGCCUUCUCCUCCCCCUCCUGCUGCUGCUGAUGCCGGAGGGAGCCCUGAUGAGCGGCGGGGGGCAGCUGCCUCGCCUCCGCACCCUCCCCGCGGCGCCUCCCUCCCCCCGCCGCCUCCUCCUCCUCCCCCGCUUGUUCCCCCCUCCGACUCCGACUCCGACUCCGACGCUGAGUGCCAGGCGUUCUUGCGGGACCUGUUGCGGGGGCCCGGAGAGUGGCCGCAGCGGCCGCAGCGGCACGGCUGCUGGGCCGCUGCACCGCGCCUACCUGGCCGAGUGGCGGGCGCAGCGGGAGGCGAGGGAGGCGAGGAAGCGGCUGCAGCGGCGCAUGGGGCGGCUGCUGGUGGAGGGG